AUGACUUCCACGGAGCAGAAUCGCGUCGCGCGCAUUAAUGAGCUCGACAAACAAAUCGAGGAAGCCGAGGCGCGAGUGGAAUCAUUGCAGUACCUCCUCAAAGUCCAGCUCGCCAACGCCCUCUCGAUCAAAUACUCCUACGACCGUGCCAACUCCCAGGCAAACGCCCAACAGCAGCUCCAAAAGCUCUGCCAAAUCCACGAGGCCCGCGAUCAGCAAUGUCUCUACCGCAUCUGCGCCGGCGUCACGGCCUUCAAAGUAAACGACCCCGACCCGAAUGCCGUUGACGGUAGCAAGGUGCUCGGUCUUCGCUUCGAGGUCAUGUCCAAGGCGCAGUUCAUCCACCCCUACUUCGUCAUGCUCAAUCGUCCCUGGCUCCCAGAUUCGGACUUUCUCAAGGUCCACAGACACACGGUACCGCCGUAUAUCCCGCUGCCGGGACUUGCGCAGAGACAUCUCCCGCCGCCGCCGAAGAAGAACGAGAAGACCGGCCAACAGGAGCGACCUGUCAAGCAAGAUCUCGCGCACUUUGCGCGGUGUCUGAGGAAGGAAAUCGUUCGAUACCACAACAGGGUCGGCGCAAUCGCAGAUCUCCGCCGUGAUAUCGGCAUCACAGGCAACGAGGAGACCGAUGACGAGGAGAAGUGGCUCAUCGACGUUAGUGCCGUCGACCCGGAGGCGAAACAGAUCAAGCUGGAGUGGGCCAACGGCAGAACCGGUCGCGCGGUUAUGGACCCCGACGGUGUGGUUAGUCAGCUUGUUGUUUUUGGCCCGGAAGGGAGGGAUCGAGAGUCUAUGAGGGCUCUGUGGACGGAGAAUCUCCGCAUCGAAGACCUUGCCGGUAAGCUUACGCAGCUGAGGCAGAAGGAGUGGCGACGCGAGUUGGAGCUGGAACAGGAGGAGCUGGAGAAUACGGCAUUACACGACACGACGACGUAA